CCUUAAUGUAGCACCCGAGCUUUUUAGGGCUGGGAUUUAAUCAAGAGCUAAUGUACGUGUAGAUACAGUCUAUAAGGCAAAGGAUCCAAGAUGUGUUGCUGCUGCUUUUCCACGACGAUGCAGCGCAUUUCAAUUAGCUAACUCCUUACACUUCCUUUUCUUCUUCAUCACAAGCAGGAUGCAACUUCGCUACUCCGUUGCUUUGGCAAUGGUAGUCAUUGGGGCUGCCGACGCGUCCAACAUUACCUCGACAAGCGACUUGAAUGUAUGGUAUCCAUACUCAGAGUACACCUUCUCUGAUGUAACUGGCGCUACCGAUCAAAAUGCUGUGUACGCUGCACCGUUGUGCUAUCCUGAAAUCUGUAAAACUCCAGAAGGUGUCAACUCAAAAGUUGAUAUAUUUGUGAAACGUUUACGUGUGACGGUUGCCUACCCCGACACUGCAAUAAACGUCUGGCUGCUUCAAGGAGGACCUGGAGCUUCGUCAACUGAUCUGGAGUCCACGAUGGUGACUCUUCACUCCGAGUUAAAUGGAACUGCGAACGUCUACACGAUGGAUCACCGAGGUACGGGGCGAAGCACCAGGCUUGAUUGUGUUGCGUCACAAGUAACCACGACAGGCUCUCCCUGGGGUGCUGGUAUUGAUCCGUCGGAAGUGCCAGCAUGCGCGAAAGACCUGCAUACCAAAUAUGGUGAUCUGGCAUCCUUCUCUGUGACCACAGCUGCAACUGACCUCGUAACGUUCAUUUCUAAAUUCACCAAUGGAGCUGCUACCAUCGUAUGGCGUCGUUCCAACUUCUGGCGCUCGUUCUGA